GCGGGAGGGGAGCCCGGGAGGAAAUUCGGGCCACCCGAAACGCCCAGCAAGAUUUCCUGGCUUCCCGAGCCUUUUCCACGUUGCUGGCGGGGCUCAUGGCUGUCCUGCGGGGCCGGGAAGCCGCCGGGUCACUCUGCAGUGCCAUCUGCUGACUCAUCAGAUUUUGGGGCCCGGAUCCCGGCUCUCUCCUUCCCCCUCCGCUCCCGCAAACCCAGCCCUGAUGGCGGAGGGGCCGCGGAGCCGGGAGCUGGGCUGCACCGGGGCCGGACCCUGCCCGGCGGAGGACGAGGGGGGAGAAAGCCCCCGCCUGCGGAUGAUGGGUACGACCGCCAGCGCGGCGCAGCAGAGCGGCCCGGCCUCCGCCUUCGAGAGCGUGCACGGCAUCGGGACCAUGGAGGACCAGCGCUCGCUCAGCAUCCACUCCUUCCAGACCCUGGGGCUGCACAACAGCAAGGCCAAGUCCAUCAUCACCAACAAAGUGGCGCCCGUGGUCAUCACGUACAACUGCCGGGAGGAGUUCCAGAUCCAUGACGAGCUGCUGAAGGCCAACUACACGGUGGGGCGCAUCUCCGAGGCGGCGCCGGAGCACUACCUGGUGCAGGGGAAAUAUUUCAUGGUCAGGGACGUGCACGGCAAGCUGGACGUCCUGAACACCACCGGCAGCUGCGGCGCCCCGAAUUUUCGGCAAGCCAAGGGCGGCUACGCGGUGUUCGGCAUGGGGCAGCCCAGCCUCAACGGCUUCAGGCUGCUCCUGCAGAAGCUGCAGAGGGAGGGCCACAAGGAGUGCGUCUUCUUCUGUGUCCGCGAGGAGCCCGUGCUCUUCCUGCGGGUGGAGGGCGACUUCGUGGCCUACACGCCGCGGGGCAAGGACAGCCUCCACGAGAACCUCCAUGGCCUGCGCCGGGGGCCGCGCGGGGAGGACCUGGAGCUCACCAUCCGCAAAGAGAUCCACGACUUUGCCCAGCUGAGCCAGGGGGUCUACUACGUCUACGACGACAUCGAGCGGCUGCGGGACGAGCCGCGGGCCGUGCGGGUGCAGGGCGAGGAGGACGUGCAGGUGACGGGGGAGGUGUACCGCCGGCCCGUCUUCCUCCUGCCCGCCUACCGCUACCACCGCCUGCCCCUGCCCGCCCACGGCGCCCCGCUGGAGGAGCACUUCGACGCCUUCAUCCGCUUCCUCAGGGAGAGCCCCGGCCUCCUGCUGCGGGACCCCAGCAGACCCCCCCCGGCGCUGCUCUUCAGCUGCCAGAGUGGCGUGGGCAGGACCAACCUGGCCAUGGCCAUGGCCACCCUCGUCCUCCUCCACCACCGCGGAGCCACGCAGAAGCCCGAUCCCCAGCCGCCGGCCAAAACGUUGCCGAGGGCCAGGUUUCGGGUGAUCCAGAGCUUCAUCGAGGUGGUCCCCAAAGGGCAGCAGAUGGUGGAGGAGGUGGACAGCGCCAUCGCCUCCUGCUCGGAGAUGCACGACAUGAAGGAAGCCGUCCACGAGGCCAAGAAGAAGCUGGAAGGGAUUGGGGAAGACCGCCAGAGCCAGGGGGGCAGCACCAAAGACCACUGCCUCCAGAGGGUCCAGCAGAGCCUCGAGCGCUAUUUCUACCUGGUUGCCUUCAACUACUACCUUCACGAGCAGUACCCCCUGGGCUUUGCCCUCAGCUUCAGCAGGUGGAUGUGCCGGCACCCCGAGCUGUACCGGCUGCAGGCGGACAUCGGUUUCCCCGAGCUCGCCGUCCCCGGGGACCUCCUGGCCAAGGGGGCGCGGGUGCUGGUGGCGGACGAGCGCUUCUGCCCGGACGUGCUGAGCACCGUCAAGGAGAUGAGCGUGGCCAAUUUCCGACGGGUGCCCAAAAUGCCCAUCUAUGGGACGGCGCAGCCCAGCUCCAAGACCCUCGGGAGCGUGCUGCGGUACCUGACGGACGCGAAGAGGAAGCACUCGCGCAUCCUGUGGGUCAACCUGCGGGAGGAGGUGGUGCUGGAGGGGAACGAGCAGGUCUACACGCUCAGGGAGCCGGGGAGCCUCGACGAGCUCGUCCCCGUGCCCGCCUCCACGCCCGAGCAGCUGGAGAAGCUCGAGGCCGCGCUGAAGGGCGACCUGCUGAAGUCGCAGCAGUGGCUGGAGGUCUACCUGGAGGCGGAGAAGCAGAUGAAGAUGUUCAAGAGCUGCCUGACCACCCAGGAGAUCUUCAACCAGCACAAGAGCACCUGCCCGGGCCUCACCUACCGCCGCAUCCCCAUCCCCGACUUCUGUGCCCCCAAGGAGCAGGACUUUGACCGGCUGCUGGAGGCGAUGAAGACCACCCUGGCCGAGGACUCGCGGGCAGCCUUCGUCUUCAACUGCGCCAGCGGCCGGGGCCGGACCACCACGGCCAUGGUCAUCGCCGUGCUGGCGCUCUGGCACUGCGCUGGCGUCCCCGAGGCGAGUGAGGAUGAGAUCGUGAGCGUGCCCGACGCCAAGUACACCAAGGGGGAGUUUGAGGUGGUGAUGAAGGUGGUCCAGCUCCUGCCUGACGGCCACCGGAUGAAGAAGGAGGUGGACAUGGCCCUGGACACGGUCAGCGAGACCAUGACGCCCAUGCACUACCACCUCCGGGAAAUCAUCAUCUGCACCUACCGGCAGGGGCGGUCGGGCAAGGACGAGCAGGAGCGGCGGCUGCUGCGGCUGAGGAGCUUGCAGUACCUGGAGCGCUACAUCUACCUGAUCCUCUUCAACGCCUACCUGCACCUGGAGAAGAAGGACUCCUGGCAGCGGCCCUUCAGCCUCUGGAUGCGCGAGGUGGCGGCCGUGGCCGGUGUCUACGAGGUGCUGGACCGGCUGGGCUUCCCUGAGCUGGAGGGGCCGGAGGACGAGGAGCCGCUGCGGAGGCUGCGCGGGCGCUGGCGGGCGCAGAGCCGCGGGGACGUGGUGUAGGGGGACGGAGAGGGAUGCUGCCUUCAGGAAAAUAGACUGUUUGCCCCUGAAAAAACAAAAAUUAAAAAAAAAAAAUAAUGAUGGGGAGAGGGAGGGAGGGGAUAGCCCCGAAGCUACUACCUUCAGGAGAAGAAUUGAGGGGGUUCUUCACGCCGCAAUAAAAGGGUUGUAAAUUAAA